CACCAUCCAUCAGAUUUUUGUCCGUAUCUCCUCAUCAAUUCUUCACCUCCAGCUUCUCAUCCAUAUUUCUUUCUUUCCAAUGCAAACAAGUUUUCAACUGUUAAAAGAUAAACCAAAAACUCACAAGCCAAUUAAUCUAUCAGAAAUAUUUAACUUUUAACCAAAUAAAAACGUUGAGAUAUAUAUAAUAUAAGCGUUCCUUACCACUCACACACUUCAUCUCUCCCCAGAGCUCUAUUCCCAUCAAGAAACACACUUCGGAAGAUGGAGAUCACUAACGUUACCGAGUAUGAUGCAAUCGCAAAGCAGAAGCUGCCUAAGAUGGUGUACGACUACUAUGCAUCUGGUGCAGAAGACCAAUGGACUCUUCAAGAGAACAGAAACGCUUUUGCAAGGAUCCUCUUUCGGCCUCGGAUUCUGAUUGAUGUGAGCAAGAUUGACAUGACAACCACCGUCUUGGGGUUCAAGAUCUCGAUGCCCAUCAUGGUUGCUCCAACUGCCAUGCAAAAGAUGGCUCACCCUGAUGGGGAAUAUGCUACUGCUAGAGCUGCAUCUGCAGCUGGAACUAUCAUGACACUAUCUUCAUGGGCUACUUCCAGCGUUGAAGAAGUUGCGUCUACAGGGCCAGGGAUCCGAUUCUUCCAGCUCUAUGUAUACAAGAACAGGAAUGUGGUUGAGCAGCUCGUGAGAAGAGCUGAGAGGGCUGGGUUCAAAGCCAUUGCUCUCACUGUAGACACCCCAAGGCUAGGCCGCAGAGAGUCUGAUAUCAAGAACAGAUUCACUUUGCCUCCAAACCUGACAUUGAAGAACUUUGAAGGACUUGACCUCGGAAAGAUGGACGAGGCCAAUGACUCUGGCUUGGCUUCAUAUGUUGCUGGUCAAAUUGACCGUACCUUAAGCUGGAAGGAUGUCCAGUGGCUCCAGACAAUCACCAAGUUGCCCAUUCUUGUCAAAGGUGUUCUUACAGGAGAGGAUGCAAGGAUAGCGAUUCAAGCUGGUGCAGCCGGAAUCAUUGUAUCAAACCAUGGAGCUCGCCAGCUUGACUAUGUCCCAGCAACCAUCUCGGCCCUUGAAGAGGUUGUCAAAGCGACACAAGGACGAAUUCCUGUCUUCUUGGAUGGUGGUGUUCGACGUGGCACUGAUGUCUUCAAAGCACUUGCACUUGGAGCCUCCGGGAUAUUUAUUGGAAGACCAGUGGUAUUCUCAUUGGCAGCUGAAGGAGAGGCUGGAGUUAGAAAGGUGCUUCAAAUGCUACGUGAUGAGUUCGAGCUGACCAUGGCACUGAGUGGGUGUCGGUCCCUAAAGGAAAUCUCCCGUAACCACAUUACCACCGAAUGGGACACUCCACGUCCUUCAGCCAGGUUAUAGAGAGGAAAAUAACCAACAAGCAGAGAACAGCAGCAACACAGAACCAAAAUAUUGGCUAAACUUAUUCAUACUCUGAUUGUACUUGGCUUCUACUCUGCUAAAUAUCUCAAGACUUGUUUCUCCCUCUAUCAGAUCACAAACCAAGCCUAGUGAUUCUGUAAUACUAUUUGGCUACUUCUUUCUUAAGGCCAUUCUUAUUUCUAAAUUCCAUGUACUUACAUUCCCACAGAUCAAUUUCUUGUGAUUCCCAGAUAAUACGAUGAACAUAUGCAUAGCUAU